AUGCACGUAAGGUCAAGGUGACGGCUGAGCAUGGAGACCAUGCAAGACAGCGGCGGGCUGCAGGUCGAUGGCUCGAAAGGAAGUGUCGCGUCGGGUUUACACAGCUCGAAAACAGUGAAUCAGUUGAAAAUAGUGGAAAGUGGUGAUGAAAGUGGCAAGGUGCUGACCGCUGCUAAAUCGGAGAUGGAUCCUUACAAGGAAUUGGAGUUGUAUCUCGCCAAAGUCAAUGAAGAGAUCGGUGAAAUCAUCGAGUCAGCACCGUCGACUCCCCUGAUCGUUACAGACGAGCCAAAGUAUCCCACGCAACCUGCACCGGUGCAAACUCCCAGCUACGCGACCGAGCUCUACAACGUGAAAUCGUUACCCGCGAAAAGCUGCACGUUCAGACGACAGAACUCGGCGACUAGCAGGGGCAACAACGCCGGCGAGGACAUCGGCGAUUGGUCGAAGAGCAUCCUCGCUGAGUUCAACACGAUCAUCGCGAACGAGAUCAACGAGCUGACGAAAGAGCUCGAGCGGAAGAGGAACAAGGAAGAGCUGAGGAUCGUGCAGUACAAGGAGCUGUUGAACGAGUUCGGGAUAUCGGACAGCGAGAGUUCCGCUGGAAGCUCGUGCGAGGCGAGCACCGAUCGAUCAUCGUCCCGACGGAACAAGGAGAGCCGUGAUCGACGAAAUGGAAAGUUGUUCAACGACGAGACAGGCUAUUGCUUCCUGUUGAGCUCCGACUACGACGAGCCGCGGGAUCGUGUUGUUUCCGUGGAAAACAGCCGGAGAAAGAGCGGAAGCCUGCCGGAGAAUCUCCAAGACAUCAUCCCCAGACGCGAGAGAUACGUUCACAGCGGCGAUACAUUGAAUUCCGAUUACGACGAGCCGAAUAGCUGUUCGAUGAGCUUUACGGAAGAUCACGUGCAGAUCGAUCGGAACACUUCUAGUCUACCGUCGAAACUUGAUCGCGGACACGUGGAGGAGGAAGAAGAUAGCUCGCGCGCAAAGUACCUCGAAAACAGUUACGACCAACCAAAGAAACACAUAGAGAUAAGUUCGAAGACCAAUGAAGACGUUGACGACGACAAGGUGGCCGGUUCAGAGCAGAUCGGCUCGAGUAACCUCACGGUCGACGGGUCGAACGCGAAAUUACCACCGAGACAGCAACGCAUGGACGCCCACAGGAAGACGAGUCUUCCGGUGAAUCUGAUGAGCCAGAAGAGACGACGAGUGCCGAGGCUGGCGAGGAUUCGACGUAACGACGAUCAGAACGCGAUGGAUCCUGACUACGACCUGGACGAGGACAAGAUUUCGUGCGGUGCGAGGUCGUUGGACGGUAACGGGCCGAUAUCGGCGCCGGUCACGCCGACGGAGGAGAAGAAAUCACCGUUCCCGAAGUUUCUCUGGAAGAAACACACGCCUGUGUUUCACGAGAGCAGGGAGGAUGUUGUUCUCGUCAGAGUGUCCUCGUUGCCCGAUCAGGAUUUCCUUCGUCUGGAGAACGAGACGCAGAAGAACGGACGAGUCGGUUCGAAGGAAGGAUUGUCGAAGAAGAGAGCUGUCUCGCCGUUGACUUUACGCUCGGAUAUAUCGGCGAAGAGGCUGUCGGAGUCUGAUAAGGACGUGAGACAGGUCAGUCCUGUGGAUUUGAAAAAGUUCUCGCUUUCGAGAUCGAGAGGCAACGACGUGGGUGUCAGCUGCGAUCUUCCGGAGGAUGACAAUCCUGGUUCCAUUGGUAGCGUUGACAGCGGGAAGUUCGACAGGAUGGAGAACGUGGACGUGAAGAAGAUUAUGGACGAGCAGAAUUCGAGAUCUGGUUCGCUACCGAUUUCUCUUCAAUCCCUCUUAUCGAAGAUCCGAAACGGCUCCGGCUCGUGCUGCCCGAACAGUCCGCCGAUAGAUUCGCUUACUUGUUCCGACAUGGGGACGCAAACUUCGCCAGCUAUUUCGAGAAGUUCCAGCUUCACAUGGGUCAGUGAUUGCGACUCUCCACGAGCGGAAUCGCAGAUGGAUUCUCAGUCGUUGCAAGACGAGAGCACGUUGGAUCCAGCCUCGCCGCAAGACACCGUGGACGACGACAAUAGAUCGUCGUCUUCUUCGCAGGAUCUUCUGCAGAGCAUGGACGAGAUUUCCUCCGGAAGCCUGUCGCCGGAUACGACCGACAGAGCAUCUCCUCUCGAAAGCGGUAUCGGCACGGCCAGCCCUCCUAGAAGCACCGACCGGCGGAUAGUUAAGCGCUUGUCCACCACCGCGAGUAGUUCGCUGAGCUCUGGAGAACUAUUGGAGACGCCUCCACGAGCACCCUCUUCCCCUUCCGCGGCGAGUCUUCAGCUGAAACCGGAACCGCUCAGCGUGGAGAUGGGCGGGAAGAGCAGCAGCGCACCUCUGUUGGAGAAUAACGACGCGGAAAAGGCGAACGGGACGGUGCCGGAAUUUUCAGGAAUUCUCUUAGUUCAUUUUUAUCCUAUUACCGACUGUAAGUACGUUAGUUAA